AUGAAUCUAAGAGCAAGUGUGUUAACGACCGUGUGGGUCCUAGUUGCUGUAACUGCAGUCGACGCAUCACCUGUAGGUGACUGUCCGCCAGUAGAUGCGCUGGAUCACACAGACCAUCUACCAGACAGCAAAAACUGUUCACUUUUCUACAAAUGUGAUCACGCCGCACCUGUAUUGUUUAUAUGUCCUGAUGGACUCCACUUCAACCCUGUGCUGGAAGUAUGUGACUGGCCAGACCGUGCAGGCUGUUCAGGUGCAUCACCAUCAACUGUAGCACCAAGCUCAUCCUCAGCUGCUCCUACAAGUGCUGCCACUACAGCAGCUCCAACUGCAGCACCAAGCUCAACAGACAAUCCAACAUCUGCUCCAUCAGGAGACUGUCCAGCAGUCGGCACCUGCCCACAAUAUGAAGAUGAGAACUCUAUUGCUAAGCACCUUCCCCAUGCCACAAACUGCAGCCAGUUCUGUAAAUGUGACCAUGGAAAACCUGUCACAUUCGACUGUCCUGCUGGACUCCACUUCAACCCUACACUGGAAGUAUGUGACUGGCCAGACCAGGCGGGCUGUUCAGGUGGAUCAGCAUCAACUGCUGCUCCCAGCUCUUCCACAGCUGCUCCUACAAGUGCUGCCACUACAUCAGCUCCAACAGCAGCACCAAGCUCAUCCACAGCUGCUCCUACAAGUGCUGCCACUACAGCAGCUCCAACAGCAGCACCAAGCUCAACAGCCAAUCCGACACCUGCUCCAUCAGGAGACUGCCCAGCAGUCGGCACCUGCCCACAAUAUGAAGAUGAGAACUCUAUUGCUAAGCACCUCCCCCAUGCCACAAACUGCAGCCAGUUCUGUAAAUGUGACCACGGAAAACAUGUCACAUUCGACUGUCCUGCUGGACUCCACUUCAACCCUACACUGGAAGUAUGUGACUGGCCAGACCAAGCAGGCUGUUCUGGUGGAUCAGCGUCAACUGCAGCUCCCAGUUCAUCCACAGCUGCUCCCACAAGUGCAGCCACUACAGCAGCUCCAACUGCAGCACCAAGCUCAUCAACAGCUGCUCCUACAAGUGCUGCCACUACAGCAGCUCCAACGGCAGCACCAAGCUCAACAGCCAAUCCUACAUCUGCUCCAUCAGAUGACUGCCCAGCGGUCGGCACCUGCCCACAAUAUGAAGAUGAGAACUCUAUUGCUAAGCACCUUCCCCAUGCCACAAACUGCAGCCAAUUCUGUAAAUGUGAUCAUGGAAAACCUGUCACAUUCGACUGUCCUGCUGGACUCCACUUCAACCCUACGCUAGAGGUAUGUGACUGGCCAGACCAAGCAGGCUGUUCUGCACCAAGCUCAACAGCCAAUCCGACACCUGCUCCAUCAGGAGACUGCCCAGCAGUCGGCACCUGCCCACAAUAUGAAGAUGAGAACUCUAUUGCUAAGCACCUCCCCCAUGCCACAAACUGCAGCCAAUUCUGUAAAUGUGAUCAUGGAAAACCUGUCACAUUCGACUGUCCUGCUGGACUCCACUUCAACCCUACACUAGAAGUAUGUGACUGGCCAGACCAGGCGGGCUGUUCAGGUGGAUCAGCGUCAACUGCAGCUCCCAGUUCAUCCACAGCUGCUCCCACAAGUGCAGCCACUACAGCAGCUCCAACUGCAGCACCAAGCUCAUCAACAGCAGCUCCUACAAGUGCUGCCACUACAGGAGCUCCAACGGCAGCACCAAGCUCAUCCACAGCUGCUCCUACAAGUGCUGCCACUACAGCAGCUCCAACAGCAGCACCAAGCUCAACAGCCAAUCCGACACCUGCUCCAUCAGGAGACUGCCCAGCAGUCGGCACCUGCCCACAAUAUGAAGAUGAGAACUCUAUUGCUAAGCACCUCCCCCAUGCCACAAACUGCAGCCAAUUCUGUAAAUGUGAUCAUGGAAAACCUGUCACAUUCGACUGUCCUGCUGGACUCCACUUCAACCCUACACUAGAAGUAUGUGACUGGCCAGACCAGGCGGGCUGUUCAGGUGGAUCAGCGUCAACUGCAGCUCCCAGUUCAUCCACAGCUGCUCCCACAAGUGCAGCCACUACAGCAGCUCCAACUGCAGCACCAAGCUCAUCAACAGCUGCUCCUACAAGUGCUGCCACUACAGCAGCUCCAACGGCAGCACCAAGCUCAACAGCCAAUCCUACAUCUGCUCCAUCAGAUGACUGCCCAGCGGUCGGCACCUGCCCACAAUAUGAAGAUGAGAACUCUAUUGCUAAGCACCUUCCCCAUGCCACAAACUGCAGCCAAUUCUGUAAAUGUGAUCAUGGAAAACCUGUCACAUUCGACUGUCCUGCUGGACUCCACUUCAACCCUACGCUAGAGGUAUGUGACUGGCCAGACCAAGCAGGCUGUUCUGCACCAAGCUCAACAGCCAAUCCGACACCUGCUCCAUCAGGAGACUGCCCAGCAGUCGGCACCUGCCCACAAUAUGAAGAUGAGAACUCUAUUGCUAAGCACCUCCCCCAUGCCACAAACUGCAGCCAAUUCUGUAAAUGUGAUCAUGGAAAACCUGUCACAUUCGACUGUCCUGCUGGACUCCACUUCAACCCUACACUAGAAGUAUGUGACUGGCCAGACCAGGCGGGCUGUUCAGGUGGAUCAGCGUCAACUGCAGCUCCCAGUUCAUCCACAGCUGCUCCCACAAGUGCAGCCACUACAGCAGCUCCAACUGCAGCACCAAGCUCAUCAACAGCAGCUCCUACAAGUGCUGCCACUACAGGAGCUCCAACGGCAGCACCAAGCUCAUCCACAGCUGCUCCUACAAGUGCUGCCACUACAGCAGCUCCAACAGCAGCACCAAGCUCAACAGCCAAUCCGACACCUGCUCCAUCAGGAGACUGCCCAGCAGUCGGCACCUGCCCACAAUAUGAAGAUGAGAACUCUAUUGCUAAGCACCUCCCCCAUGCCACAAACUGCAGCCAAUUCUGUAAAUGUGAUCAUGGAAAACCUGUCACAUUCGACUGUCCUGCUGGACUCCACUUCAACCCUACACUAGAAGUAUGUGACUGGCCAGACCAGGCGGGCUGUUCAGGUGGAUCAGCGUCAACUGCAGCUCCCAGUUCAUCCACAGCUGCUCCCACAAGUGCAGCCACUACAGCAGCUCCAACUGCAGCACCAAGCUCAUCUACAGCUGCUCCUACAAGUGCUGCCACUACAGCAGCUCCAACUGCAGCACCAAGCUCAUCGACAGCUGCUCCUACAAGUGCUGCCACUACAGCAGCUCCAACGGUAGCACCAAGCUCAACAGCCAAUCCAACAGGAGACUGCCCAGCAGUCGGCAGCUGCCCACAAUAUGAAGAUGAGAACUCUAUUGCUAAGCACCUUCCCCAUUCAUCUGACUGCACCAAGUUCUGCAAAUGUGACCAUGGUACACCUGUUACAUUUGACUGCCCUGCGGGGCUCCAUUUCAACCCUACACUGGAAGUAUGCGACUGGCCAUACCGUGCUGGCUGUGUAAAUAGUUCAGCUUAAUAGGCAUGUGCUACCAAAAUGGCUACUAUAGCUUCAGCCUACCAAUAUGACUGCUAUAGUUUUAGCCAAACUAAGUUGUGGUACACCUGGUAGAUCCACAGUGUUAUUCGCCUAUAAGACGCUUAUGAUUCAGUUUUACCAUGUCUUACAUAUGUUGAAGAUUCUAUUGUUAAGCAUCUCGGACGCAGAACCAACUGAAGUCUAUAUUGCGUUUGCAGUCAUGGCGCAUCAAUCACUGAAAUAUUUUGUUUUGAGCUGUUUUUCAGUGUGAAACUGUAUCUGUGAGACUCUCCUUUUGACU